AUGGAUGACCAACAAGGGGAAACCCAACAAAUAUUAUUUAACGACUUCAUACCACUACCUUUCCGUAUCCUAUUUUUAAUUCAGCUAGGUACUGGAUUUUGGUUUGUUUUAGUUACAUUAUGUUUUAAUUUCACUUCAUUAAAUAUCUUACAAUUAUUAAACCUUUCAUAUACGUCACAUAAUUAUGUUCAACUACAUGAACGUGUUCUAACUAGUGUCGUGCAUGGAGAAUUCGCAACCACUGUUCCAGCGGAGAAUCAGGAGAAUAGUAGAUUGAUUCGAGGGAUUUGGAACGAUUUUAAACUGAUUGCAAUCGUGAAUACUAUUUGUUGGAUCUUGUUUAAGUUAACGCCUGAUCAAGAGUUGUUUAAGUUUGUGAAACAUGGGAUACCGGUUGUUGCGUUUGGAUACUUGAUCUAUAGGUUGUUUUAUAGGAGUACCAAUACUUCUGGACAAAUUAGAAUGUAUACCACGAUGAAACGGAUCUUAUUAGGUGGGAUUAAUUCUAUGACUAUGAGAAGUAAUGAUAUUUUGAUUAGUGAUAGUAUGGUUUCAUAUGCAAAAGUGUUGAAUGAUUUUGGGUUAUAUAUUUGGAAUUAUUAUUAUUCAUCGGAGAUUCCAUAUAAUUAUCAUUUAGAAUUCGGAAUCUUAUGUAUUCCAAUUGCAAUUAGAAUGAGACAAUGUUGGGUCGAAUAUAAGUUAACUAAUCAGGACCAACAUAUAUAUAAUUUGAUUAAGUAUGCCACUGGAUUAGGUCCACUUUUGGUUAAUGUACUUAUCAAAAGCACAUUAUUGCACGAUAAUGAUUCGGGAGAGAGAGAGAUUUUAAUGAAUAAGUUAACUAACUUAAAUAGAUGGUGGUAUUUCACUCUGGCCAUAAAUUCAACUUAUUCAUUCAUUUGGGAUGUUAAAAUGGAUUGGAAUUUGGAAUUAUUUGAUUUCUUAUUUCAAUUUAACAAGAAGACCAAUCCAUAUUAUCGAUUCCAAAUAUUAAGAAAUCGAUUAGCAUUCGACAAUAAGGCAAUAUAUUAUAUUAUCAUAGUGGUUGACUUCAUAUUAAGGUUUAUUUGGAUCUUGAAAUUAUUUAUUAUAAAUGAAGAAAUGAAGAUGGAUAACAUUCCAUACUUGUAUAUAUUUUCAACAUUUUUAUUUGGAUAUGAUGCUUAUUCUUUUGGGUAUACAGUAAUUGAAUUAUUAGAGAUUUAUAGAAGAUGGUUCUGGUGUUUUAUAAAACUUGAAUCAGAUUGGAUUAAAUUGAAAAUUAAUGAAUCUGAAUAUGAAGAAAUUGAAUUGAAAGAACCAAUAGGAACUAAGGAAGGAUAA